CGAGCGCGGGUGGGAGCCCAGAGCCAGAGAGCGCGCUGGGCGGUGCUGGGCACCCGCGGAGUGGAACGGGGCUGGUGGAAUGCACAGGGUCGCAGCGCUUGGGCCACCCUCGGUCAGAGGGCGCCGUGUCCAGCGAGCAAACGGGCGCCCCGGAGCCUUGCUGAGAGGCAGAUGCGGACAGAAGCUGAGGCCCAGAAAAGGGAAGUCUUAUGUCCAAAGUCACACAAGGAGCAGCUGAGCUGGGACAACUCCCCUGGUUUCCAUUUCCUUCACCGUAAAGUGAGGGCAUAUAGCCUAGAUGGGCUCUGAAGGCCCUUCCAGCCUUGCUCUACAAAAACAACCACCGUAUGUGCAGUGUCUAGUGUCAAGCACUACAUGAUGUUCUUUAAUUUUCACAACAAAGCUAUGCUACAGAUAGUGUUCAUUCUGUGACCGUGUUCAUAUCCUGUCUAUCUGAAUAGAUUGGGUGGUAACACAUCAUUUGUUCCUAUGUAAAAUAUCAACCCAGCUGCCAGCUGGCAUUCUCCCACUCAUGUCAAUUCCCUUGGGAUUCAAAAAAGGACCUUGCUAAGGUAACCCUUAGGAAAGGGAAUGUUUUAGGCUGCACCAUCAGCUGGUCCCUGAGUGGGAGUCCACAUUUUAAACAGGUUUCUCAUGAAGUCACCCAGUGAAGACACUGUAAGUCUGGAGGUGGGGGACAGCAAUCAGAGGCCCUUUGGUCACUGCACAGUUCCUUUAACUGCAACCCUAGGCUGGCCUGACCCAGCUGCUGCAGGAAGGGGAGGGGCCAUGGGAGGGGGUCAGAGCCCACAGCAGGACUGUUGCAUAAUCCUUGGGGCCUGGCCUUGGGCAAUCCACCCUGGUUCUGAAGUUUGUGCUUUGUGUCUGGUUCCUUCCUUUUCUGCCUUCUCUCCUGCUUUCUAGCUCUGGGCUUUCCCAGCUCCGAAGUCAAUACUGAGAUCCCAGAUGUGUCCAGAGACAUCCUGAAGAGGCUCGGGGGUGGAGGAGCCUUAGUGUGUCCACAAAGAGACUCCUGAAACUGACUGAGAGCCAGUGGAUUUGCCAGCAGUCUGAGCUUCUACCGAGUCUUCCCCCACCUCAAUCCCUGUUGCUAUGGAGACUACCAAUGGAACGGAGACCUGGUAUGAGAGCCUGCAUGCCGUGCUGAAGGCUCUAAAUGCCACUCUUCACAGCAAUUUGCUCUGCCGGCCAGGGCCAGGACUGGGGCCAGACAACCAGACUGAAGAGAGGCGGGCCAGCCUACCUGGCCGUGAUGACAACUCCUACAUGUACAUUCUCUUUGUCAUGUUUCUAUUUGCUGUAACUGUGGGCAGCCUCAUCCUGGGAUACACCCGCUCCCGCAAAGUGGACAAGCGUAGUGACCCCUAUCAUGUGUAUAUCAAGAACCGUGUGUCUAUGAUCUAACACGAGAGGGCUGGGACGGUGGAAGACCAAGACACCUGGGGAUUGCGUCUGGGGCCUCCAGAACUCUGCUGUGGACUGCAUCAGGUCUCAGUGUCCCUAUCUGUAAGAUCAACAAGAAACACGGUUAAGGGAGGUCGUCACUGGGGUGGGAGAAGAGGGGCUGGUAGACCGAAGCCUUGUGCAUAAGGAUUUUUUCCCCAGGAAAAGAUAGACUUUAUAAACAGUGGGAGCCCAUGAACAAACAUAUAAAAGUAGCAACAGAUAAUGACCAAUAACUGGUUCAGUGGCUGGAGUAUUAGGGGCCUGGGGAUUGGAGAACGGAGAAGAAGUUGUAGCAGAGGGAAAUGAGACAGGAAGAUGCUCUGGGGACACAUUUUUUAUGUGUUAUCUUCAGCCAUGAGAAGCAGUGAUGACUAUCCCAUAUCACAGAUAUGAUUUACCACCACCACCCUGCCCCCGCUCCCGUGAAGAAAGCAGGGCAAGUGCUGUGCUGCCCAUUUGGGCCUGCAUAGUGCCAUGAUUGGAACCCAGGAACUCUGGUCUCCUUGCCUAGUGCUUUUCAAAACUCUGUGCCACACAGGAGUGGAUCCAGGCCUGAAGGUCAUACAAUUCUGGGGACUCUCUUUAAGAAAAAGAAUUCUAAAAUAUCUUACUUUUGCAAACAUUACGAAAAUAUACUGCCACAUUAAUAUGUUGCUAGGGCCCCUGCUAGGACCUUAAGAAGGAGCUCAUGUGAGUCAGGACCCUGAAUGUUAGGCCUCGUUAACUCUAUGGUUCAUAUGCUUCUUGAACCAAGUCACAGGGCACUUCCCAGCCACAUUGCCAGCCAACAGGACUAAACUACCUCCAAAGCAAGCAGUCUUUUCAGUUUUGACUGAGUGAUGUGAGAAACUUCUUUUCUUUUCUUUUCUUUUUUUUUUUUUUUUUUUGAGACAGUCUCCCUAUGUCACCCAGGCUGUGGUGCAGCAACCCAAUCUUGGCUCACUGCAUCCCCCACCUCCCGGGUUCAAGCAAUUAUCCUGCCUCAGCCACGUGAGUAGCUGGGAUUACAGGUUCCUGUCACCACACCCAGUUAAUUUAUAUAUAUAUAUAUAUAUUUAAGUAGAGACAGGGUUUCACCAUGUUGCCCAGGCUGGUCUCAAACUCCUGUCCUCAAGUUAUCUGCCCAUUUCGGUCUCCCAAAGUGCUGGGAUUACAAGUGUAAGCCACCACGACUAUCUGAGAGAAGUUUUCUGAUGUCAUGUUGAAUCUGCUUGUAAAAGACUGAUAUUGCCAAGGUGGGCAGAUCACCUGAGGUCAGGAGUUCGAGACCAGCCUGGCCAACAUGGUGAAACCCCGUCUACUAAAAAAAUACAAAAAUUAGCCAGACCUGGUGGCGGGUGCCCGUAUUCCCAGCUACUUGGGAGGCUGAGGCAGGAGAAUUGUUUGAACCCGGGAGGCGGAGGUUGCAGUAAGCCAAGAUCACGCCACUGCACUCCAGCCUGGGUGACAGAGCAAGGCUCUGUCUCAAAACAAAAACAAAAACAAAAAAGACUGAUAUCGCACCUAAAUUAUUAUUAUAUUAAAAGAAGCAGAGUAUGAGAGACAGGUACAUGGUCCAGUAGGAAGAGAAGCAGCCCUGAUUCUACCACUUAAGGUGAUGUAUGAUCUUAGGCUGGACACUUCUCUCUCUCAUCCGUUUUCCUCUUCAACAUAAUGAAAUAGACUUGAAAGUCUCUAAGGCUCUAUCAGUUCUGACAUUCUAGGCUUCAUAUACAUUAAGUUGAGCCAUAUGUAAUCACUGUGUUUGUAGGUUAGAAACAGCUGAGUAUCGUAGUUUCAUAUAUGGUUCCAGCUAAUACAUGCAAUGUGGCUGGUGAACACUUCUGAAUUCAGAAACUAUCCCAGAUCUCAGCUAGAACCAUCCACUGUUCUGUUUGUCCAGUUUCAACUUAAGGGAUCUCCAUGUGGUCCCUGGAAGUACCCAUUGAAACAUGCAUAUUUGUGUAUAGCAGAACUCUGAAAUAAUAUUUUGAUAGCAGUUAUCUCUGAGGAAUUGGGUUAUAGGUGUUUUUCCCUUUCCGCAUGAUAAAUUUAUGUAAUAUUUGACUGACUUGACCGUAAGUAUGUUACUUGUAUAAUAAAAGGAAAAAAGGUACUUCUAUUUUGAAAAAAUAAAAAUAAAAGCCUUUGGGUUCUUGAA